AGUGUGCAGUAUUUAUUGUUGUUCUUUGUAUUCUGAGAUCAACUUUGGCUUUUAUAUCACCCAUCAGGGAUUUGAUAAAAUAAAGUACCACUUGUAUACUGAGAUCAAUUGUAAUUACUUGCACGUUUCUGUCCAAGUUACAGGCCUUCUUAUUUCUUUACUGCCCACGAGGGGACGAACAAGGACAGAGACAAACGGAUUAAGUCGAUUACAUAGACCCCAGUGGUGCGUAACUGGUACUUAUAUAAUCGACCCCGAAAGGAUGAAAGGCAAAGUCGACCUCGGCGGAAUUUGAACUCAGAAUGUAGCGGCAGACGAAAUACCGCUAAGCAUUUCACCCAGCAUGCUAACAUUUCUAAAGUUACAGGCCUUCUUACUAAAUUGGAAACUAUGCAGGUGACGUUACGGGCAAUUCUCACUACAAUUAGAGCAUUUUGCCAUCUUAUAAUAAUUCUGCUUGUCUCUCCAUUGCUUAGCCUGUCUGUAAUGCUUCGACCCUGAAAGGAUAAAAGGCAAAGUCGACCUCGGCGGAAUUUGAACUCAGAACAUAACGGCAGAUGAAAUACCGAAUAUCAGACAAGUGUGACAUCAAAGAAUUGCUUACAUCAGAUUCAUCAUCAACAUUAAUUAUCUCUUAAAGACUAAAGAAAAACGUUACAUGCAAUAAAUAUAUAACUCAAUGGUAAACUACAGUGAAAUAUUUCUUCUGAAUGGAGAUUAAUGGCAGCAUUUCUCUCCUGUACAGUUUGUAACAUGUACAAGAUGGCUGAAGUUUCAAAUAUGUUUGUGGCAUCUUCAGAUAUUGAUGAAAACAGAGUUGAUGGGAAAACAGCUGGAAGAAAUGAAAGACAAAAGGUGAAACAAGAAAAUAAACAUAUAUUGCUCUAAGAGAAGAAAAUUGGUGAAACAAUGGAUAAUGUUACAGACUUAAAGGAUUAAUUUAUUAUUUUGUUGAAGAGAUGCAAAAAGAGACUGAAAAAUCCUCAUACCAUUGUGAUAUUUGUCAAAAAUCAUUUUCUCUGGAAAGUAACCUCAUUAGACACAAAUGUAUUAAUAGAGUUGAGAAACUUUACUCUGUAGUGUUUGUGGUAAACAAACUGUUUUACGUAUACACAAAUGCAUUCAUACGCAGGGAAAGACAUUUCAUUGUGAUAUCUGUAGUAAAUCAUUCGGUCAAUUAAGUAACUUAUCUUCACACAAAUAUAUUCAUACACAACAGAAACCAUAUCAGUGUGAUGUCUGUGGUAAAUCAGUCUCUUAGACUUUGGCCUUAACUGUCCACAUACAGAGUCAUACAGGAGAGAAGCCCUCACACAAAUAUAUUCAUACAGGAGAGAAGCCCUCACACAAAUAUAUUCAUACAGGUGAGAAGCCCUAUUCUUGUGAUACCUGUGGUAAAUCAUUCAAAGCUACUGGUGACUUAACCAGACACAUCCGUAUUCAUACAGGAGAAAAACCAUAUCAGUGUGAUAUCUAUGGUAAAUCAUUCUCAAGAAAUGAUGGUCUCAUUAAUCAUAAACGUAUUUAUACAGGACAGAAGCCAUAUGACUGUCGUAUCUGUAGUAACAAUCAGUUGACUACACACAAAUAUAUUCAUACAGGUUAGAAUCCUAACGACUGUGAUAUCUGCAGUAAAUCAUUUGCUAAUACUUGGGACUUAACUGACCACAUGAGUAUUCAUACAGGGAAGAAGCCAUAUCAUUGUGACAUUUGUGGUAAAUCAUUCUCUCGAAGUAAUGACUUGACUACACACAAAUAUAUUCAUACAGAAUAUCAGACGACUGUGACAUCAAAAAAUUGCUUACAUCAAAUUCAUCAUCAACAUUUAUUUUCUGUUAAAGACUAAAGAAAAAGCUUACAUGGAACAAAUAUAUAUAUAAUUCUAUGGUAAACUACAAUGAAAUAUUUCUUCUGAAUUAAGAUUAUUGGCAGCAUUUCUCUACUGUACAGUCUGCAAUAUGUACAAGACGAACUUGCAUUCUAAAAAUUAAACUUGGAUGAAGUUUCAAAUAUGUUUGUGGCAUCUUCAGAUAUUGACAACAAUCAGAGUUGAUGUGAAAAUAGCUGUAAAACAUUACAAAGAAAUGAAUGAUAAAAAGUGAAAAAGGAAAAUAAACACAUUGUUCUGAGAGGAGAAAACUAUUGAAACAAUGGAUAAUGUUACAGACUUAAAAGAUUGAUUUAUUAUUUUAUUGAAGAAAUGGAAAAAGAGACUGAAAAAUCCCCAUACCAUUGUGAUAUCUGUCAAAAAUCAUUUUCUCUGGAAAGUAGGCUCAUUAAACACAAAUGUAUUAAUAGAGGUGAGAAACCAUAUCCCUGUGAUAUUUGUGGUAAAUCAUUCUCUAGAAAGAAUUGGUUAGCUAAACAUAGACACAUUCAUAUGGACAAGGAGCCAUAUCAUUGUGAUAUCUGUGGUAAAUCAUUCUCUCAAAGAAUUGAAUUAUAUACUCACAAACGUGUUCACACGGGAGCAAAACCAUACCACUGUGAUAUCUGUGGUAAAUCAUUCUCUCAGAAGUUUAGUUUAACUAUUCAUAUACGUAUUCACACAGGAGAAAAACCAUAUCAUUGUGAUGUCUGUAGUAAAUCAUUCUCUCAUUUAACUAAUUUACAUACUCACAAACGCAUUCAUACAGGGGAAAAGACGCAUCAUUGUGAUAUCUGUGGUAAAUCAUUCUCUCGGAAAAUUGAUCUAACUGUUCACAUACGCAUUCACACAGGAGAAAAACCAUAUCAUUGUGAUGUCUGUAGUAAAUCAUUCUCUCACCUAACUUCUUUACGUACUCACAAACGCAUUCAUACAGGGGAAAAGACGCAUCAUUGUGAUAUCUGUGGUAAAUCAUUCUCACAAAAGAUUGGUUUAACUGUUCACAUACGCAUGCACACAGGAGAAAAACCAUGUCAUUGUGAUGUCUGUAAGAAAUCAUUCUCUCACUUGACUGCUUUACGUCUGCACAAAUGUAUUCAUGCACGAGAAAAGAUCUAUCAUUGUGAUAUCUGUGGUAAAUCAUUCAGUCGAGUAAGUAACUUAUCUUCACACAAAUAUAUUCAUACACAUCAGAAACCUUAUCACUGUGACAUCUGCAGUAAAUCAUUUGCUAAUAGUUGGGACUUAACUGUCCACAUGCGUGUUCAUACAGGAGAGAAGCCUUAUCACUGUGAUAUCUGUGGUAAAUCAUUCUCUAGAUGUAAUGACUUGACUACACACAAAUAUACUCAUACAGGUGAGAAGCCCUAUUCUUGUGAUACCUGUGGUAAAUCAUUCGCUGCUACUGGUGACUUAACCAAACACAAACGUACUCAUACAGGAGAAAAACCAUAUCAGUGUGAUAUCUGUGGUAAAUCGUUCUCUAGAAAUGAGGGUCUCACUAAUCAUAAACGUAAUCAUACAGGCGAAAAACCAUAUCCAUGUGAUAUCUGUGGUAAAUCAUUCUCUCGGAAGAUUGAUCUAACUGUUCACAUACGCAUUCACACAGGAGAAAAACCAUGUCCGUGUGAUAUCUGUGGUAAAUCAUUCUCUCACCUAACUUCUUUACGUACUCACAAACGCAUUCAUACAGGGGAAAUGACACAUCAUUGUGAUAUCUGUGGUAAAUCAUUCUCACAAAAGAUUGGUUUAACUGUUCACAUACGCAUGCACACAGGAGAAAAACCACAUCAAUGUGAUGUCUGUAAGAAAUCAUUCUCUCACUUGACUGCUUUACGUAUGCACAAAUGCAUUCAUACGCAGGAAAAGACAUUUCAUUGUGAUAUCUGUAGUAAAUCAUUCAGUCGAUUAAGUAAAUUAUCUUCACAUAAAUGUAUUCAUACACAACAGAAACCAUAUCACUGUGACGUCUGUGGUAAAUCAUUCUCUAAUACUUUGGACUUAACUGUCCACAUACGGAGUCAUACAGGAGAGAAACCCUCACACAAAUAUAUUCAUACAGGAGAGAAACCCUCACACAAAUAUAUUCAUACAGGUGAGAAGCCCUAUUCUUGUGAUAUCUGUGGUAAAUCAUUCAAAGCUACUGGUGACUUAACCAGACACAUCCGUAUUCAUACAGGAGAAAAACCAUACCAAUGUGAUAUCUGUGGUAAAUCUUUCUCUAGAAAUGAUGGUCUCAUUAAUCAUAAACGUAUUCAUACAGGAGAGAAGCCACAUGACUGCCGUGUCUGUGGUAAAUCGUUCUAUACUAGCAAUCAGCUGACUACACACAAAUAUAUUCAUACAGGAGAGAAGCCUUAUGACUAAUAUCUGUGGUAAAUCAUUCACUGGUAAUGUCGACUUAACCAGACACAUAUCUACUCCUGCAGGAGAAAAACCAUAUCACUGUGAUAUCUGUGGUGCAUCAUUGACUAGAAAUGAG